GACCAUGGAGCAGAACCUGCCAUAUCUCAACGUAUGUCGUGGCGACCAGUGAUGGGUGCCUUGGUGGCCACCGGCUCAGGGAAGAGUUGUAUUGAGCGAGGCAGAAACGUGGUCACUGAAAUAUCUUUCCCCCUCAAGUUUCAGUGACAUGCAACUUGGGAGAAUGCUGUUCACAGGUUGCUUGAGACCGCGCUGGGACAAUCACCAGCGAUAUCAGCUGGAAAGAAGUUGGCGAAUAAUAGGAAUGAAAAGUAAGUGCAAAUGUUCGCAGACAUCGGCUCAAACGGGCAAUCGGGAACGAGGGGGGCGGCGACUGGUACUUAGCGCUCUGCUUGCCACGUGUAUGUGGUGUUCAGGAUCCGAGAUUCCGACACAUAUUUGACUCCUGGACGUCGAUUCAAUGGUUGACUCAAUGUUGACUCUUGCUGGCGCAAGGGCAUCAACGAUUCCCGAUAUUUUUCGGCGAUCAUCGAGUUGUUGCUAUCGGACCGCUCAAAAUACGACCUUCAAUCACGCGCGAUAUUUCCACGGAUUCACUUGGCGUUUUCCCCUUACAGCUAUCGUAUACCGUGCUUCACUUCUAAUGAGCACGUAUAUAAGCGCGUCAAGCUAUUCUGAAGCAACCCGAGCCCUCAAUGACACCACCUUUAUUCUCGACCUGAACGAGGCUACCCAACAAUACGCCAAAAUGCAAAAUGCGCUCUUUACUGCGUUCGCUACUAUCUCGGCACAACUGCAUAGCUUGGACUUGCAGCGCAUGGCGCCACCAUUGAGACCAAAAUGGAACAGAAUUCAUGCAUUUGAAAACGUUAUGAAGCAUAUGCGUACGAAUACGGUCGAUCUCUCUGGGCGCGCGAAGAUGUUCUGUACAGUCGUGCUUCCCAUUCUAGCAAGGAACCUGAACAAUGUGACGCCGCGUUCACACCAAGAAAAGAUUCAAAUUCUUCAAUCUUACAUGAAGAUAACUUCAGACCAUCUCUCCCUCAACCAGAACUACGUGGGCGCGAUCUUGAACAUAAUAUCAAAUUUGACAGCAUUCCAUAACGAACUAGCUCAGCUAGCCUGCCAACACUCGUCGUCGGUGUCGGACCGCAGCCAGCUACGUGACCUAGCCGCGAAAUUUCUUCAGCUCGAGAACCACCUGAAACAAUUAUUUUACUUAUUUAAGAACACUCAACCCGAUACCACAACGGUCACAAAAACAUCCACACGAUUAAUCGCAUUCUCUGUCAGUCGACCAAAAAAAUCAAAAUUGUCCCCACAACGGGUUGCACUCACGGAUGAAAAUAUGGCGCGGGUUUACGACCAGCUCGAACAGUGCAAGAGCGAGGUAACACACGCACAGUACACUGCACAAAUCCAUAAGCCGACGGACGCGCUUAACACCGCGCGUUCCACAGUUUCUUCCUUCGUGUUUGACCUCAUGGUCAAUGUCGAGCACGGUCUUUCGCUCUUUUUGGCAGUCUGGUCGUCAAUUAUAAAUGACUGCCGCCAAAUGGUGGUUUGGCUGCAGAAUCCUGUUACGAGCAUACCGCCGUCGAUGUCGGUGUAUGCUGACACCGGGAUGAUGUUGUAUGCCCCUAUUGGAGCUGCAUUAGAUUUGUACAACGGCAAGCUGGAUAUAAAAUAGAGGAUUUCAUACACGGACCUGAGGACUUGCAACGGACUUCCGCCACAUAUUUAUGUAAUAAGGCAUACUUGGCAUUAUGUA